AGAUCUAAUUGGUUGCCUGGCACUUCAUUUGUGGCAAGCAGGACAAUGGCUGCCAGCAAGAGCAAGAACCAGAGUUCCUUGGCCCUCCAUAAAGUAAUUAUGGUUGGCAGUGGAGGUGUGGGCAAAUCUGCACUGACUCUUCAAUUUAUGUAUGAUGAAUUUGUAGAAGACUAUGAACCUACCAAGGCUGACAGCUACAGAAAGAAAGUAGUUCUGGAUGGUGAAGAAGUUCAGAUAGACAUUCUGGACACAGCAGGACAGGAGGAUUAUGCAGCUAUCAGAGAUAACUAUUUUCGUAGUGGGGAAGGGUUUCUUCUAGUCUUCUCAAUAACAGAGCAUGAAUCCUUCACAGCAACUGCAGAGUUCCGGGAACAGAUCCUGCGUGUGAAGGCUGAAGAGGAUAAAAUUCCUUUACUGGUAGUGGGAAACAAAUCUGACCUGGAAGAGCGCAGACAAGUGCCUGUGGAAGAGGCUAGAAGUAAGGCAGAGGAGUGGGGUGUGCAGUAUGUAGAAACCUCUGCCAAAACUAGAGCGAAUGUAGAUAAGGUGUUCUUUGAUUUAAUGAGAGAAAUCAGAGCAAAGAAAAUGUCAGAAAACAAAGACAAGAAUGGCAAGAAAAGUGGCAAGAACAAGAAAAGCUUUAAAGAAAGAUGUUGCUUACUGUGAUGCUUGGGAACUGUAAAUAUCUACAGGUGGCAUGGAUAAAAUACCACUAAGGAUAUAGGGCUGGAUUCAUGAAAGGAAGUCUGUAUUGACUCCCUCAGUCUUUUGCUUUGCAUAUCACACCUUCAAAAUGUGAAAACAGAACUUUGAAACCAUUUCUGGUUUCCAACAAAACCUAUGCCUACCUAAACUGAAAUGGGCUCCAUCUUCCCAGUGUCUUUCAAAACUAGAAACGGUUUCAGAGCUACAAUCCUUCUGCUUGAUUAUACGAAGUACUUUUGUAAUCAUGUCCUAGUUACUCUAAUGUUUCUCUGAAUAUGUUUCUCUUGAACCUCUACUGGCCUUAACAAGCACAGCUGUUCAGGUUCAAACACUUUUUUUCUACUGUUGCUGCCCUCCUUGAUGUUGCAAACUGCAGAAAAGCUAGAUGACAUCUGGUAAAGGGUUUGAGGCUCCAUCUUGUGUUAAUUGUCACUGAUAUUUCUUACACUGAAAUCUGUUGGCUUCUUCCCCACACUCCAUAUAAGAAAUAGCGACUAACUUGAGAGUCAACUCAAAACAA